AUGCUGCUGGACCUGUCGAACUGCAACCUGAGGAGCCUGGAGGACUCCGACGUGAUCCUGGAGAAGCUGAUCGAGCAAAACGCAGACUACACGAGCGUGACCUACCUAGACGCAUCGAACAACUCCAUCCGAUCACUAAAAGGACUCAGCUCUUUUGAAAAUCUAAAAAUAUUGAAUAUCUCAAACAAUUUUUUAACGUCCCUAGAUGGAGACUUUAUCCCCUCCUCGACAGAAAAAAUAAUAGCUCACCAUAACGACCUCACGGAUAUAUGUUUUAAGGGGGUAAAGAGGUUAUCGGGUGGUAGUGAACAGAAAGAGGUACAAAGGGAUUCCUACCAUGGGAGUAAAAUAAAACAGGAGGGGAAACCUAACUGUGGUGUAAAUCGUAUGAGUGUCUCUAGCCCAGAAGAGAGAGGAGAUGAUUCACCCAGUUCUUCCUACAAUGAUACGUACAGAAAGCAUGUACUAAAUGAAAAAAUAUUUUAUACCAAUAGAGACUUACCACUUAACAGAUUAUCAUUCCUAGAUGUGAGUUUUAACAGAAUCAAAAAGCUGACUACAUUUGAGAGGUACCUUCAUAUCAUUAACAAAAAGAAUCGAGAGAGAAGCCUCGAAGGAGGGUACUCAGAUGAGGGACACAUAAAAGAUUUUAUCACGAAUAAAACUGAGCAAGAUGUCAUGCUUUUAUUUUUUAACUCCUUGGAUACUCUUUACCUUCGAGGGAAUAAGCUCACUAACUUAAAAGGAUUGAGUGUCUUCAAAAAUUUAAAAGUUUUAGACCUCCGUUCUAACCUUAUUAACCACCCGGUACAAUUAUUUUACCUCCUCGAUAAUAAGAACUGGCUGAAGCAAUAUAAUGAGAAGACUCUGAGGAGAGAUGACUCUUCUUUUUCGUUCUCCCCCCCCCUGUCCUCCUCCUCCUCGAGUGGCUGCUAUUCGUAUUUCCUUUCCGUUUUGCAAAAGUAUCGGAACUUGAAGUGCUUACAAAAUGUGUUUCUACGGGGGAACCAACACGUGCUCAGACCGAAGCAUCUGUUCCUCAGCGUCUGUGAUGUCCUCAGGUGCGCCAACACACGUGGGCGGUUCACCACGGAUGUCGCCCUGGGGGGGGAGCGUGAAGUAGGGGAGGAAGCGGAGGAAGGGGAUGCAGUAGAGGAGGUAGAGGAGGAAGCGGGUGUUAUAGGGGAGGAAGCGGAUGCAGUAGGGGGGGAAGCGGGUGCGGUAGGGGAGGAGGCGGAUUCGGUAGGUGAAGAAGACGAACUGAGUAACGAAGGCGAACUGAGUGACGAAGCGGAGGAAGCUCACGGAGUGGACGAAGCACUGGACGCGGAGGGAGAGGACGACCUGGUGGGGGAUCUCCUCAGCGCUGGCAGAAAGCGAGUGGCUAGCCAAACGGAGGAGACGGCGUCGGAGGGGGGAUACUCAAAUGGGGGCGAUUCAGAGGGGGGCCAUUCAGAUGGGGGAUGCUCAGAGGGGGGAUACUCGGACGAGGUCUACUUAGACGAGUCCCUCGUCGGGGAGGACUGCCUGGGCAUGUCUCUCAGCGAUAGGGGGAAGGAACCUGUGCAGAGGUUAAUAAAGACGGUGGCGGCGAGUUUGGAGGAGAGCUUGGCGGAGAGCAUGGCGGAGAGCAUGGCGGAGAGCAUGGCGGACAGCUUGGAGGCGAACCAGGCUGGAGAGAGUAACCCCCCCAUGAGGCAUCAGACAAGAAGAGAGCGGAAUGCCCAAGAGAAGGUCAGCGAGUCAAACAGCUUGGCGAAAAGAACGAAACUCUCGAACGGAGCAGGUGAGUUGGAGGAGACGAGUGCAUAUCGGUACCUAAGGAAAGAGAGGGAUGGAGUAGACGAGGAUGAAGCAGACGAGGAUGGAGUAGACGAGGAUGAAGCAGACGAGGAUGAAGCAGGCUGGGAAGUACACGAGGAUGCCGCCCCAUCGGAGGAACAUAUAAAAAAGCUAAUUAACAGCAUAAACCGACGCGUGUCUUCGAAUGAGCCCCAAUUGGUAACACCCAUAAGUGGAAGGAUGAAAGGUGAUAUGAAGGAGCCACGUUUCCGUGAGAAGGAACCUCCCAUGAUGGAGACAAGAGAGAGGAAAGAGAUUAAUGGGGUGGGAAAAACCCAGGAGGUGAGGUCCUCAAGCGCAGAAGGGGAAAUUGGGUCGACGUAUGAAGGAAUGGUCAGGCAGGAGGGGCUCAGCGAUUCGUCUUGCGAGGAAGGAGAAGCCGACGAGUCGGAAGUCGAUGGGGUGGAAGCAGAUGGAAUGGAAGCAGAUGGAGUGGAAGCCGAUGGGGUGGAAGCCGAUGGGGUGGAAGUCGAUGGAGUGGAAGCCGAUGGAGUGGAAGCCGAUGGAGUGGAAGCCGAUGGGGUGGAAGCCGAUGGAGUGGAGGCCGAUGGAGUGGAAGCCGAUGGAGUGGAGGCCGAUGGAGUGGAGGCCGAGGAAGACGGAGAAUCAGAACGACCCGCCGCUUCCCCAAAUGGUCUGCUUCACGUUGUCCGCGAGCGCAGCGCAGUGAAUGUCGAGGAGGAUGAAACGAGUUGCUCCUUCUCCUCCGUCGCAAAUGCCAACCAGGUGAAGAACGUGUUAAAGGAAAUCCUAAUCAGCAGCAAGGGGUUGGAAAGGUACAGCUCCCAUAAUUCUUCCUCUAUGGGCAGCGACGUUUUUGAGGGCGACUCGGAUGAGGAGAGCACGGCUGGGGAGGAGCCCACAUGGGAGGACACUACACGGGAGGAGCCAACGCGGGAGGAUAUUACACUGGGGGAGCCAACAGACCCCGUGGUAAGCAGGGUAAUUCGAGUGGACAAAACGAGGGGAGUAGAUGAACCAAAUGAUGAGAAGGUAAAAUGGUUAAUUAAAAAGAGGACGCUCAGUCAUGAAGUCUAUAUGGAUAAUGUUGGAAAAACAGCAGCUGCUGGGAAAGACGCAAAAAAAGACUCCCUUGAUGGAAGGAGAAAGUCAAAGAGUGGAGGGAAGUCUGUCUUGGUGACUAAGGGAGUAGAUAGCAGGAGAAUCAACGUGAAAGAUCCACCACGAGAGAAAAGCGCCUUGAAGAAAGAGAACGAAAAGUUGUGCACAAAUGGAGCGAGAGGAGCGAGUGGAGCGGUGAAAGAGGAGAAAAAAAAUUCCAAGGAGGGAGAAAGAAAGGAGACAAAACUGCGUGACAGGCAGAUGCAGGAGGAGGAGAAGGAGAAGGAGAAGGAGGAGAAGAAGGAGAAGGAGAAGAAGGAGAAGGAGAAGAAGAAAGAGCUGAUGGAGUUACUAAAAUUAGACUUAUGUAAAAGUGAAAAAGGGAAUAGACGUGGGAGAGUAGACAAGAAUAACGACCCAUGUGUGUACAAGUCGAAGGAUAAAAAAGGCGGUGAGUACUCUGCAUCUGUCAAAUCAGAGUCCACAGAUGUAACCGAGAGGGAUUCACAUAAGCAUGUCCUCAAGGGGGAAGAGAAGCUGUGCAUGAAUUUCCCCUACGGUAGUGACUUGGGGGAACUGCGCAGCUUUGGUGAUCUGCAUAGGUCCACAGGGAUCAGCGUCUACGCGUACCCGAUUCGCAUACAAGGGGGCACGGCCGUAGGAGGGGGGCCCGCAGAAGGAAGCGGAGGGGGAAGCGAAGGGGGAACAAGCCAUGACAAAGAAAGCAACCACGAGGGAAACAACUACGAAGAAAGCAACUACGAAGAAAGCGGCCGUGAUGAAUUAAACAAACGUGGGGAAGAACCCCCCGAGGUCUCCCCCCCCUCCAGCAGCGCCGAAAUCCUACAGAGACUGAGCGAUCUGCAAGCGUCCAGCGGGAAGGACGCAACCCUCAGCAACAGCCUGGCCCUUCACUUGAAGGAAGUCUGUCUCACGUUGGGCAAAGAAAAACAACAGAGAGACAUCCUUUUAGGCCAAAAUGAAAAGCUUGAGAUGGAAAUAAAACGGUUAAAAGAGAGUAAAAAAAAAUUAAAGACCAAAAUGAAGAAACUGGAAGACUGUUACAAGGAAAAGUGCAAAGUUGUUAAGAGGUACCAGCACAUGAGGCAGAGGUUCAAACUGGCCGAGCAGGAUGAGGUGGGCAUACCCCACGAUGACAUGGAUCAUCAGAACAAAUACAUCGAGAACGCUAUGGAGCAGCUCUACAACGUGUUCUCCGACGUGUUUGGGGAAAACCACGUAAUGACGAAGAGAAUAGAAAGCCUAGCCAAUGUGUACAUAAAAAAGGAGAAGAGCGUGGAAAUACAAAUGGUCACCCAGAGGAAGCAAUUGGAGCUCCUAAAAAACGUGGAGGAAAUCGUAAAAAAGAAAAACGAGUACUAUUACGAGUUGCAAAAGAAGAACGAAAUCAUUACCAGCUUAAAUAGCAAUUUGGCCAAAAUAACACAAAGCGUCGCGGACAUGAAGGAUGGCGUUCUAGAAAGCGAAAAAAAGAUGAAAGACUUGACGACGCAGCUGGCAAAGAAGGAUGCCCUCCUAAAGGAAUUCGAAAGAAAAAACAGCCAAAUGAUGGACGAAAAGGAGAAGCUGUUUCAGAAGGAACGAGCGCAGCUGCUGGACUUACUCAAUGGCAAAGACGAAAACGUUAAAAACGUGAAGCACUACAAAGAAGAAAUAAAAUGCCUAGAAGACAAACUGAAAAAUUAUUUGGACCGCAAUGUACACAGAAUACACGACAAGAACUACGAACUAAUGGUCGACAAGCUGCACGACGAACAAAUAAAAAUGCAUUCCCUGCUUACCGAGAAGGAAAAAAUUAUUAACGAGAAGAACAUCCAAAUUGAGAACUUGGAGUCCCAGUUGCAGUCCUGGGCCGACGAGGCUACCAACUGGGUCGUCGUGGCGGACAAGCACACCAAACUGAUAACAAACCAUAACAUAUUAAAGAAAAACUACGAAGAGCUCAAGUACAAAUACAUCAUGGAUAUGAAAUACGUCCAAACGAAUAAGAACGAGAAAGUGAAGGAGCUGAUACGGAAAUACGCAUAG